CAGAACCCGGGCGCGCUGCUGCCUGUGUGCAGUGCAGCCUUGUGUGUGUCUGGCAGCAGCACAAAAGAAAGCAGCUGAUGAUAUUCACAGCAUUAAAGGCCCGAUUCCUGGGGACACACUUGGGUGGAUGCAAUUAAAAUGCCUGUCAGGCAUUUGAUACCAGCAAGCCCUUGACAAACCGCUUCAGCAGCCGCGAGGUGCAGCAUCCUAUUGUAAGUGGAUGAUGGCGGAGCUGGCUGCCUUGGCGUCGUUCUGGAAAUUUCUGUGGCCAGUGAACUCCCUCUUCCUCUCCCACUCACCCUCUUUUCCUUUUCACCGCUGCGGGGACUUCUGCUAAUUUGCAGUUUUCCUUUUCCUGACGUGCACAUGGUAGAUACGAGCUGGUGGCUUGCAGACUGCGUCUGGCUGGGGAUAGGCAGCGACCGAUGGAUAACAACACUCCGGGAGAAUGAUUAUGCAGCAGUUAUUUAAGGAUAGGCUUUUGUGGUAUGGCAGCAGAUGAGCUGAUUCUUCAGUGUAUAGUCUUGGACGCAGUGUGCUGAUUGGAAUCCUCUUGUUCAAAGAUCGGAAAGGCCACGCGGUGAAGGCAAGGAGCCAUGGCCGAGGAUAGGAAAGACGAAGCCAAGGCACCACACUGGACUUCAGGUCAGCUAACAGAAGCUUCUUCACACCCACAUUCACCUGAAAUUAAGGAUCAGGGUGGCGCAAGCGCUGGACUGGUCAGAAGUGCCAAUGGAUUUCCGUACCGAGAGGAUGAGGAGCUGAGGCUGGGCAGCCACGAGCAGCCAGGGACGUAUGCUCAGACCAAAGAGAACGGGAUCAACGGAGAGCUGUCAUCAGGGAGCAGGGAGACUGCAGAAGAAGUGUCUGCGAGGAUAGUACAAGUAGUAACAGCUGAAGCUGUAGCAGUCCUGAAAGGUGAACAGGAAAAAGAAGCCCAGCACAAAGAUCAGCCUGGAUCACUACCUUUAGCAGUUGAAGAGUCAGCCAACCUGCCUCCUUCCCCACCUCCAUCACCAGCUUCUGAGCAGACUGGAGUCCUGGAGGAAGAUUUACUUGCAGCCACGAAGAUGGAAUUCCGUGUCCAGGAGGGCACAUGCCCUUUUGCAGCAGAACCAUUAGACACAAAGCAACGUGAAUCUGGGAAGGACAAUAAGACUGUUGAGCAACCUAAAUAUGAUGCCUUAGUUCCACAGUCAGCAAAAGCAGAGCCUGCAGAUAAAAAGGAGUCAGAAAGCAAAGACAAAGAAAAAAUGCUUUCACCUCCAUCAGAAUGGAUCUUGAAAACUGAUUCACAGAAGAAAGGGGAAGCCAGUUUUGCAGAACCUGCUGCUAAGCCUCCUGCUCCUCAAGAACAAGAGCACUUACCAUCUCUGCUGCCUGAAGAGAGCAGGGUGGAAGAAAGGACUGCAGGUGUGCCCUCAUCAACCAGCCAAGUUAUGGCUAUGAAAUUUCAAGACAACCUCAAAGAUAUCCAAGGUGGUGCCAUCAGCCAUGGUGAAAGUUCUCUAUUGCCACCAGAACCCAAGGCAGAAGUAGCCAAAAGUGAACUUCCUUCAGGCCCAUCUCCUGCUCUCCCCCAGGAGCUUUCACUCAAAGACAGUUUCAAAACACAUCAGGAACCUACUGACCAACUGUUUGCCAAAGAUUUCAGUAAGGAUGAACAGAUCCACAGAGACAGGACAUUAUCUCUCCAAGAAGUCUCAGCAGUAACUGUAGAUGGAUUGAAGACUCCAAGCACGCCAAAAAUCCCUCCAUGGGGAGAGGAAAAGGACAUGACUAAGGAUGAGAGUGAUGAGGAAGAAAGGUAUGACUUCUUUGAUAAAGGGGAGGCUCGAAUAUUAGAUGGUGGUAAAAUUACCACAAAAUCAGAAGUUAAGACAUCUUCCCCAGACAAAACAGACCUUCAAAAGGAUGGUGAAGCUAAAAAGUCACCUGAUACUCUCAAAGCAGAAAAAGAAACAGACCAAAGUGGGCUUUCAGCAGCAGCAGAUGUGAAAAAGGAGGCGCAGCAAAGCACACAGGUACCCCCUGCUAAGUUAAGCCAUGAACUGACCCUUGAGAAAACAGCAGAGUACCCUGAUACUGCUCAGUUAUCCAGAAUAACAGAGAAAGCCCCUGAGGCACCAGGUUUAACCACGGAGAAGACUCCUACUCUAGAAGCUUCUCGAGAGAAAGAUGUUAAAAAAGAUACUGAGGAGGAUAAGACAAGUGUUUCAGCUCCUCAUCAAAUGAAGGAAGAGGAGGAUCAGUCAGGAAUGUCGAAGUAUUUUGAAACCUCUGCUCUGAAAGAGGAGGCCUUCAAAGCAGAUGGUCUGAAACAAAGCAGUGAUUACUAUGAGCUGAGUGACACUAAAGAGAGUAAAUAUGAGCCUUAUCAGAGAGGUCCUCUAAUACCUGAAGAUGAAGAGGAGGAGGAAGAGGAAGAAUUACGGACAGAAUUGAGUCAGCAGCCAAAUGUGCAUGCUCGUGAAAUGGGGUACAGUACCCUGGCUCAGAGCUAUACACCAGACACAUCUGAAGAGCCCAGUUCUCCAACAGAAAGGAUGUUCACUAUUGACCCCAAAGUCUACGGGGAUAAGAGAGAACUUCACAGUAAAAAUAAAGAUGACCUAACUCUGAGCAGGAGCUUGGGACUUGGGGGCAGAUCUGCAAUUGAACAGAGAAGUAUGUCUAUUAACUUGCCCAUGUCCUGUCUGGAUUCAAUAGCCCUAGGAUUUAGUUUUGGUCGUGCACAUGAUCUUUCUCCCCUCGCUUCAGAUAUUCUAACUAACACUAGUGGAAGUAUGGAUGAAGGUGAUGACUACUUGCCAGCUACCACACCAGCAUUGGAGAAGGCCCCCUGCUUCCCCAUUGAAAGUAGAGAGGAAGAUGAGCACAUAGAAGAAGAAAAAGUGAUGGUAGAAGAAAAGGUCCAGCCUGAGACCUUGGCUGAACCAUCUUUCCAGGCCAAAGAUUACUACAAAAAUGGGGCUGUCCUUGCUCCUGACCUGCCUGAAAUGUUAGACUUGGCAGGGACAAGAUCUAGAUUAGCUUCUGUGAGUGCCGAUGCUGAGGUGGCGCAGAAGAAGCCAGUUCCUUCUGACACUGUUGUGGAAGACAGCAGCACAGCUCUGCCACCUGUGACAAAUGAAAACCAUGUAAUUCUGAAAGCUGAAAGUCAGCUGGAAGACUUGGGCUACUGUGUUUUCAAUAAGUACACAGUACCACUCCCUUCUCCGGUUCAGGACAGUGAGAAUUUAACAAGUGAAACCUGUCCCUUCUACGAAGGCACAGAUGAAAAACUGAGACGUGGCCUCGCUCCUGACUUGUCUUUAAUAGAAGUGAAGCUGGCAGCUGCUGAAAAAUCAAAAGAAGACUUCCUCAGUGAAAGAGAUUUAGGUCAGCAUGGUGAGUCCACUCUGGUGAGGGACUUUGAAGAGGAGAAAAGAGAGAAACUAGAUACUGUGCUAGAAAAAAGUGAAGAUCAAGUUGACUCUAAAGAGGUCUGUCCCAUUAAAGGAGCAGAACCAGAGAAGACAAGAGCUGAGGCAAUGUUAGAAAGGAAAGAAGAAAGUGUGGCUAGUAAAGUUCAUUUACCUGCUGAUACCAUGUAUGACAGAAUUUCUGCUUCAGAGAUAGCAAUAGAAAAGGAUUCUAUUUGUUUGUUGUUGGAGAAGGAGAAGACUCUUAGUGUUGUUCCUGAAAUAGCUGAGAUAGCUGAUAUAGCUGAGGUAGAAGCUCCAGUUAAACCAGAUUACAAUGCUAUUAAGCACGAUAUGGAGGUAGCUGCAAGGAGAGCUGACCAGGAAUAUCAGAGUAAGUUAGACACUAAGAUCAGCGAGGUUGUUUCCCUUCCUUUAGGGCAGGACAAAGGCUUUCUUAAAAGAGCAGAGCCUGAACCCAAAGACACUCAGCAGAAAGAGGAGACCAUCUUCUCCAGAGAAGCAAAGGAUGCAGAUGUACUUUCCAAGACUGAGCCUAGUUAUAUGAAGGACAGCACCAAACUGUCAGAAACAGAAAUUAAGGAAAAAGUAACUAAGCCAGAUCUGGUACAUCAAGAGGCAGUUGAUAAGGAGGAAUCUUAUGAAUCUAGUGGAGAGCAUGAUCAAGCCCAAGAAAGUUUGAAUGGAGAGUCCGUGAAACCAGAGGAUAUCAAAGCAGAACAUCCAAAACCUCCCAUGUCUGGGGAAGAGAUGCCUACACAGUUACCAGCUAAGGGGACGUCUGUGGAGCUCCUCUUUCCAAAAGCUGAGCCUCUCCGGGAGGAGCCUGCUGAGAUUCAGAUGGAGAGCAUACCACAACUUGUAGAAGGAGCUGAAGAGACUCUUGAUAGAGCUGUGAAACCUACGGAAACCCAAAAGCUGCUGCCAUGUGAAGUGGCAGCUGGGGCCCCGAAAGGGGAAGAAUAUGAGGAAGAAGAGGUGGAAGCAGGGCAAGAAGCAAAAGAAGAGGAUAAACAGCAUCUUGUAUCAGAAGUGCCCCCAGACUUUGGCGAGCCUGCUGCAGAAGAGAUGGGAGCCAAGGGUAGCCCAGAAGCCCUGCCUGAGCUGAAAGGCAUUAUUGAAUCAGUGGUGACAGUGGAGGAUGACUUUAUCACAGUGGUGCAGACAACAGUUGAUGAGGGUGAAUCUGCUUCUCACAGCGUGCGCUUUGCUGCUACUCAGCAGGAAGACAUUGAAACAGGAGACUCCCAGGCUGAGGAGGAGCUGGAUGUUGAAGAAGUGGAAGUUGAGCCCAAGGAAGGCUCCCGAGAAGCUCCUGCUUCACCCCAGAGAGAAGAAAUCCUGCUCACUAACUACAAAACAGAGACGUGUGAUGAUUACAAAGAUGAAACAACAAUUGAUGACUCCAUCAUGGACACAGACAGUCUCUGGGCAGACACUCAAGAUGAUGAUAGGAGCAUCAUGACUGAACAGUUAGAGACUGUUCCUAAAGAGGAGAAAGCAGAGAGAGAAUUGCGAAGACCAUCUCUUGAUAAGCAUAAAAAAGAGAAACCUUUUAAAACUGGGAGAGGCAGGAUUUCUACUCCUGAAAGGAAAAUAGCUAAAAAGGAACCUAGCACACUCUCCAGAGAUGAAGUGAGAAGGAAAAAAGCAGUGUAUAAGAAAGCUGAACUUGCUAAAAAAACUGAAGUUCAGGGCCACUCUCCCUCCAGGAAAAUAAUUUUAAAACCUGCUAUCAAAUAUACUAGACCAACUCAUCUCUCCUGUGUUAAACGGAAGCAGACAGCAGGUGGUGAAACAAACCAGGCUCCUGCUGUAUUUAAACAAGCAAAGGAAAAACUCUCAGAUGGAGUGAGCAAGAGCCCUGAGAAGCGUUCGUCUCUGCCAAGGCCUUCCUCUAUCCUUCCUCCUCGGCGAGGUGUGUCAGGAGACCGAGACAGAGAGGAGAACUCCCUCUCCCUCUCAGCUUCUCUUUCCUCUUCAGUACGACGGACUACCCGAUCAGAGCCAAUUCGUAGCAGAACGGGAAAAAGUGGGACUUCUACCCCCACUACUCCUGGCUCCACUGCCAUCACUCCAGGGACACCACCAAGCUAUGCCUCCCGUACCCCAGGCACUCCAGGGACACCCAGUUACUCCAGAACUCCCCACACUCCUGGGACCCCCAAAUCUGCAAUUCUGGUACCUACUGAGAAGAAAGUUGCCAUAAUUCGCACUCCUCCUAAAUCUCCAGCCACUCCAAAGCAGCUACGAGUUAUUAAUCAGCCUCUACCUGACCUCAAGAAUGUCAGGUCAAAAAUUGGGUCAACAGAUAAUAUCAAAUACCAGCCUAAAGGAGGGCAGGUACAAAUUGUAACCAAGAAGAUUGACUUGAGUCAUGUGACUUCCAAGUGUGGCUCACUCAAGAAUAUCCACCACAAACCAGGAGGUGGGCGUGUGAAAAUUGAGAGUGUGAAACUGGAUUUCAAAGAAAAAGCUCAGGCUAAAGUUGGUUCACUGGAAAAUGCUCACCAUGUACCUGGUGGUGGUAACGUCAAGAUUGACAGCCAGAAGCUAAACUUCAGAGAGCACGCCAAGGCCCGUGUUGAUCACGGGGCUGAGAUCAUCACGCAGUCACCAGGCAGGUCCAGCAUGGCCUCGCCACGCAGACUCAGCAACGUCUCAUCCUCUGGAAGCAUCAACCUGCUUGAAUCACCCCAGCUUGCUACCCUGGCUGAAGAUGUCACAGCAGCCCUUGCCAAGCAGGGGUUAUGAAUUUGCUCAUUUUGCGGUGUAUGAAGUAAUAAUAUUUAGGCAUGAGCUCUUGGCAGGAAUGGGCUCAGAGCAGGUGUUACGUUCAUUCUUUACCAUGUCUAAAACUAAGUUACAUCCCAAGACUUGUAGUUACCAUACAGUUAAAAAAAAAAAAACAGAAAAAAAAAAAAUUCCAUAGAUGCAGAAAUUGGCCUGACCUCCAUUUAUAACAGGAAGACACUGGCUUUAUAUGGGUAUACAGCGGUAUGUUACAUUGGACAAUUAUUGUUGCUCUGCUCUGUCUUGCAUGGAGUACUGUAGUAUGAUAAAAAUGCAUUUUUACCUUUCAUGUGCCUGAAGGCCAUCCACCUCUUUCUGAAGAGCCUUGUUAAUAUCCCAAGUUGCUCAUUUCACAGUUCUUUUGAUAGAUGGGGAAAUAAAAAAGAAAAGUUGCCCAUUGUAAGUUAUUACAAGUUAAAUUAACAGUCUGCUUACCAGAAGGAAGGGCAUAUAGGGAAAUUGAAAUUUAAUUAAAAAAGUAUGUUACUUUGUAUAAAUGAGUAGAACAAAAGUUGAAUUAAGUUAUUAACAUUUUUUGAACCUGGUUAAUUAUGUCAGUGUAUAGCUGAAAAGCCAAUAAAUUAUUUAAAUAAUAACUAAAAAUACUAGCUGAAAACAUCUGAAUUGUGCUUUGGGAAGUGACGUAAAAAAGCUGCUGAAAGCGAGCACUCAUACCCCAACAGACUUGUGUCUGAUUAGAAAAGUUGGUUAAGCAGCUAGAUUUGUGUGCAUACCACCAGUUUCACAUUCUUUCCAUUUGUUUGAUACAGUAUUAUAGAUAUAUAUAUUUCUCUGUGGCCAUUUGUGAUACGCCCUCCUCAUAUACUUGAAUAUUCUACUUCUUUAUUCACAGUAUCUGUGUCUCUUGCACCCUUUGGUGUUGCAAUUUUAGGUAUGUAAAAGUAGAUGUUAGCAGGGGCUUUUUUCCCUAUUCAUAAGAAUACAUUAAAAAAAGAUGAAAAUUGUAGCAUGAAGUUGCUUUCUGUAACAACUAAAAGCCGUGACCCUGUUUUAGUGACAGAUGCAAGUCUAUUCUGUAACGCUAGAAAAAGGAUUCCUUCCUUCUUCUCUUCCCUCCCUUUCUUCAAAAAGGAAUGAUUUUUGUGGGGUCCAGAUGUUUGUAAAAGAGUCUCCAAAGAAGGCUGAGUUUGGACUAUGGAUUUUUUAAAAAUCCACAAUAAUUUGGUUCUUUCUUUUGUUCUUUUUCUCUCUCUCUUUUCUCUCUCUUUCUCUCAUUCUCCCUUUCUCUCUCUCUUUCUCCCUUUAUUUCCUUUCUUUCCUUUCUCUUUCCCUCCCUUCCUUCCUCAUCUUUUUUUUUUUUUUCAUUCCUAUAUUAACAAUGAAUGUUUGAUUUAUUAUUUUUCUUUUGCUAAAGUUGAAACACAGAAAAAAAGAUGUUGUUUCCACUCCUUUAGUGAUGUCUCCCAUGUACACACUCAGGCACUCGGGUAACAGUGAUAGUCAUAGUAGAGAUGCCUGUAAAUUACAAUACAUGAAUAAAUAAAAAUGAGCUCCCUAGACUGGUCAUAGUGAUUCAUCAGUUAAAUAGGGAAUCUUAAAAUCUGAGCAAAGUGGGAUUAUAUUGACUAUAAAAAGCAUAAGAAAAAGUGUGCAUGAAAGAUAAAAGGCAGAUACACAACCAAUUCUAAUGGAGUUACCUGAGAGAGCACUGGUGAUAGGGAUGAUCCUCAGCAGCACAUCACCUGCUGAUGCCCUAUGUACAUGAGACAUUAAGGAAUGACCAGUUUACAUUCUUGCAGAUUGUUUUAUCUAUUCCUUUUGAAACCUCGUAACUGAACUUUGCACUGUCAGUUGAGCUAUACUUGAUGUAUGUAUUAGGUUAAUGAUGUGUUUUGGAAACUUUUGAUCUGUUCUUUUUCCUUCUUAAUUUUUAUGUUUGUGUGCGUGUGUUGGGGUUUGGUCUGAAAAGACUCACAGAGAUUUUUAUGUCUGUGGAGAUUCUAAAAAUUAAUGGCACAGGAUUCCCCAUCAUUACAUUCGGGUAGUAAUGCAGUUACUGGACAGUAAAUACUCAGUGGACCAAACUGGGGUUUUGGCUAAGCUGCUACAGCAGUACCACCACAAAACAGAGUGGUUUAAUCUCUCCAACUUUUACUGAAUUUGAACUUCUGACAGCCCCGCACAUGACAUUUCUGCUGUGCAAAAAGCUUUUUCACACAAUAAAGUAACUAACACUGUUUGUAAGUCAGUUGUUUCAUACAAAGGACAGUGAUUUUAGAACCAUUCCAAGUGCAAUUGGAGGAUUCUGAUUUCUGCCUUGUAUUUGUUACACUUCUGCUUAAAGAAUUCACAUGGAAACAGUGUCAAGUGAGGUGUAUUAAAAUCUUCUUCCCAUGUUUUCAGAAAAACAGCAAACAGAAAGGAAAACUGGCAGUAUUUGUAUCACAUUGCUCUGAUUAUGCUAUCAAUUAAUAUAAAUUAGCCUUGCAGUGGUUUUUCUUUGUAUGCCUUUUGCCAGUGUAGGAGAAAAGCUAUGGUACUACUGAACCUCUGCUCUCUGAACCUAAGCAGCAUCUCAUGGGAACAGUGUUAACCUAAGAUUCAAGUGUUUUUAUUCUGCUUUUAAAAUUGGCAUAAUCUAGAAAAUAAGGCUUAGUUAAUCCACCUAUGAGUCCAAAGUUAGAGUGUGUAACACACCAAGUCAUUUAUUUCAUGCAUUAAAAUGAGCUUUCUUGUUUUGACUGAAGCAAAGACCUUCGUAAUCAUUAUCAUCCUUCCAUAGAAAGAAUCCUAGAAUGCUGUGGAGUUAGAUGAAAAGAAAUUAAGAGUUUUGUGCUUUUGAAUAAUAAUUUUAAAAACCAAGUUAUGUUACAUGACUCUAGAUGUUCACUGAAAAGCUCAUAUUAAUCUUAACUUUCUCAAGAAGAGUGUUCGUUUUAAAAACAACAGUUUGUAAAUAUGUAAUGCCCACUAAAGAAGAUAGAGCCAGCUUCCUGGAAACUGCAUCUGUUGUGUUUCUUUUUCACAGGCAUGUUUAGCCAGCAGGUUUGUUGGGUGCCUGAGACCCAGUUGUGUAACAAAGCAGAGGUAAUCCAGACAAAGGGCUGGUGAAACCUUGUUUGGGUACCUAGGGGAGAACCCCAAAUUCAAUAAUCCAUCAGGUUGUAGAGAUGAGAGACUGCUUCUGCCUCAUCUGCAGAGUUUUCUAUGUAACCACAAGCUGAAACAAAUCAAAGUUGAGCAAACCUCUGUCCAGCAAGAAUAAAGGAAAAACUAAACCUGAUGAGGAAAAUUAUGAGCCCACAAGGGCAGUAUAUAUUUUCACUCUACAGCAGUAAAUGGAAUUAAUCGUUCAACCUUCUGCUGUGGUACAGUAGUAACCUCAUCAUGAGUGCUCACACGUCUAAGUUUGCCUAAAUACAUGACUCAAAGGGAGUCGAAAGGCAGCCUGUGUUGACUACCACAUGAGCAGAAGUUUUUUCCAUGCUGGACUAAAUACUGUUUGAAACCCAAGUAUAUGUCCCUUCAAAGGCAAAUGCCUUGAAGAGUAGAUCACAUUAGCUGUGAAAAUCAAUGCUGGUAGAUUUCUAGCCUAGGUGUCUGUGAGUUCACUCACUAGUCAGAUUGCUAAAGCAAUUCCCUCUGCAACUCCAGCAAUUCCCACUGCAGGAAGGUAAAUUAGUUUCACACUGGGAAAAGUCAAGCGUAUAAAAGCCACUUCAACUUUAGCAAAGAGAAAAAGCCAACAAGUAAACAUGCUGUAUGCUGGGAUAUCAAGGAAUACAGUCUGCUGUUACAAACCUGUGUUUUUUCUGAUAAUUCUAGAGCCUGUUACCAUAAAAGAGGCAUUUCUUGAAUGGCUGGUGGUAGGUAGUUCAUGUUUUUCAAUCCGAUUUGCAAUUGUAUUUGUUGCUGUAUAGUGAUUGUUUUGCAAAAUAAACUUGCUUGUCAUCUAA